AUGACACAGAAAGUGGUGGUGAGGAUUGAGGAUGAUGGUGAAAGAAGGAGUGUUGUGAUACUACGAGACGAUAAAGUGGCCUGUUUAACUCUGAAUUUGGUGGGGGCUGUUUUGAUCGUGAAAAUAGACAAUGGGCCUGAAAUGAAUUUGGGGUGUUCUGAGGCAGAAUACGAAGAAGUUGAAUUUGAAUAUAGAAUGGUGGAAGACAACUACGAAAGAAUGGGGAAUGUAUUUGGAGUGGAGGUUGAUGAGAGCAUGGAACUGGAUCGAAUGAACUACAGGGGUGAUGUGGAGGUAUUGCUGAGGAACUUGGUUUGUAAAAGUACAGGAAAGAGAGUAGAGAGACACGAAAUAAGAAGGAGGAGAAUGUUGGAUGAUUCGAUGAAGUUGUUUUUGGGGGAUACGGUGGAUUUUGGAUCAUUUAGAUUGGAAUUUAGUGGAGAGAUUGGUCAGGACAAUAAGGGUGUGAAAAGAGACUGGUUUUAUAGCAUAAAUGAAGAAAUAAGGGAGUCAGGGCACUUGGAAUGGAUAAAUGGAGUAAUGUGUGAUAUUAGGAGGAAUGAAGAGGAGGUAUUUCUGUAUUGGUAUGACCAGAAUACAAGUGGUUCAAUGUUGGAUGAAAUUAGGAAGAGUGGAAGUGAGAAAGAGAAGUUUCUGGUGUUCAUUGGGCUGUUUAUGGGUCUAUCACUGGUUUACGGGGAGCCAUUGCACGUGAAUUGGACACUUGGAUUCUAUGAAAAUCUGUUGGGUCGAAGGUACUCGGAGAAGACGUUACAAGACGGGAUGUUAAGAAGAAACAUUGAACAGGAGUUGAAUAAGGAUGAAGUUAUUGUGGAAUACUUUGAUUGUGCUGAAUACGAUGCAAUUCGAUUUGGAUUUAUGCAUGUAACGAACAAAUUCAGGUGCUACGACUGUCAAGGAAAAGAAUGGUGCAAUUUACACUCUCUACUUGUCAAAAGAGUAGAAUGUAGACACCUGUUCUAUUAUUUCAUGAAAAGAGAGGUCUACAACAACGAAGUUCUGAGGAUGCUUGAAUUCUUUAGGGUUAGAGAGCAGGAAAAGGGUUGGCUAACUAAAAUCAUAGGGGAGUUAAGUGAGGACGAAUUGAUCGCAUUUGUGCAGUUUGCUGUAGGUGGAUCGUACAUCAAAGACACUUUAUGCGUAGAACAGAUCAAAAGAAGGAACAUUCUCAUUUCUGCUUCAACAUGUUCUGAUAUACUGUAUGUUGGGAUGUAUGACAGUAAGGACGUGAUGAAACAGAAGCUGAUGACUUCUGUCUUUGAGUGUUGUGGAUUUCACCUGAUGUAA